CUCUUCCUCUCCCCACAGAUGGGGCCACAAAGGCGGCAGGAGAAGUGAGGUGUGCUGGAGCGGAGCCCCGGGCAGCCUCCCCGUCGGCCAGGGCCGCUGCCGUCUCCUUCCUGGCCCUCGGACGUGCAGCAGGGCGACCUCGCCCCCAGCAAGGCUCCGGCCAAGAUGAGCUCCUCCUCCCUCCUCGAGGACACGCCCAUUGAGCCCCCGGUGCUGCUGAGCGACAUCAAGACGGAGCCCCCCGAGGAGCUGCUGGCCAGCGACUGCAACCAGCCCCAGGCCGAGCCGGUGGACCUGUCCCUCCACAAGCCCAAGGCCUCCCUGCAGCCCUGCACCGCCGCCGCGCUGCCCCCCUCUGCCCGCUGCUCCCCCAUGCUGGCCACGCCGCCCCUCCCGGCCCCCGUGGUGUCCAUGUCGCCCUCGGGGCUGGGCGCCUCCUCGGCCAUCCCGGCGGUGCUCUCCCCCGGCUCCAUCCUGGCCUCGACGCAGGGCAGCGGCGGGCAGCAGAUCCUGCACGUCAUCCACACCAUCCCGUCCGUCAACCUGCCCAGCAAGAUGGGCAACCUGCAGACCAUCCCGGUGGUGGUGCAGUCCUUGCCCGUGGUGUACACCACCAUGCCCAGCGACGGCGUCACCGCUGCCAUCACGGUGCCGCUCAUCGGCGGCGACGGCAAGAACGUCGGAUCCGUGAAAGUCGACCCCAGUUCCAUGUGCCCUGUGGAAAUCAACAGCGACAGCGAGGACAGCGCCUCGGAGAGCGGCCCGGCCUCCUUCCCUGACCUGCAGAGAGAGCCCUCCGUGGGGCGCAUGCCACGAGCGGAGUCCCCCGACCUGAAGAAGAGGCGCAUCCACCAGUGCGACUUCGAGGGGUGCAACAAAGUGUACACCAAAAGCUCACACCUGAAAGCACACCGGAGGAUACACACAGGAGAGAAGCCCUACAAGUGCACCUGGGAGGGCUGCACCUGGAAGUUCGCCCGCUCGGAUGAGCUCACCCGGCACUUCCGCAAGCACACGGGCAUCAAGCCCUUCCGCUGCUCGGACUGCGACCGCAGCUUCUCCCGCUCCGACCACCUGGCCCUGCACCGCCGGAGGCACAUCAUGAUGUGAGGGCUGCCCGUGCCCACCGGCGGCAGGAGCGGGGGAGCGGCUCCCCCAGGCCGCGUCCCGCCCGGGUCUUCGUGCCGGCUGCCGUGGGCAGAGCGGACCCCGCCCAGCGCCCUGUGCCUCUCCCGGCCCCGGCCCUCUACCGGACGUCCUGCUCGGCCGGCCGGCCGGCCGGCGUGGUGUGGAGGGCGCGCCAUGCUUGGCAGGGUCCCGGGCGGCCUGCAGGCUUGCAGAGGGCCGAGCUGACUGGAGAGGAAGUCUCAGCUUGCAGGCGACUCCAGUGGUCAGAUCCCAGCCAAGAGAGCUGUGGGCCCAGAGGAUUCCCAGCCCCCUUUCCGCUCGGCAGAGACACCGGGGCAGUUCGGAGUCCUUGCAUUCUAACACAGAUUUCCCGGUGGCAGCACAAAAAUGGAACCCUGGAAGACCAGAAAGCCGCUUCGGAGGGGAGGUGGAGGAAGAGGACUCGGAAUAUUUUGUUUCUAACAAAAUUUUAGCAAGCACUGAAACUGCAUUUGAAAUUUGGCUUGGAAUCUGUUAUUCAAUCUCCAGUUUUCAGGACUGUAUUUGUUUGCUGUGAUUCAAUGUGGAAGCCGGGGUCACAGUGGACCUUUCCUGGCACGCACCCCUGAAGCUGGUCACCUUUGGUAGCCGCAGCAAAAGGCGCCGGGUUUUGCUGAAGAUGCUUUUUUAAUUAUGAAAUUUCUGUGUGUGUGUGUGUGAGAGAGAGAGAGAGAGAGAGAGCGAGCGAGCGAGCAGGGGGUUCUUCUAAGCUGACCUGAUCAAUAUUUUGCCUGGCUGACAUGCCCCCCGCCCCAGCAGCUCUCCCCACAUGGAUCACAUGGUUACCCCUACAAGUACAGGGGGGGCACUGUUCGGGGGCUGGUAACCACUGAAGAGGACACCAUGGAGACUCAGGAGGGAGGGACAGAAAACAGGAUAAAGGGAAGCAAAGUUGCCGGGCUUGGGACUGUGACUGAGCUCUGCCUGGGUUGUGGGGGGCACGUGGGCUUCCCCAUCUUUGCCCGGGGAGUGGGGUGGAGGAGGCAAGCAGCCUUUCAAUGGGGCAGCCUGCGCAGGGAGCCCUCUAGCGACCUGGCAGGCAGCAGCCUCGGCUUGGAGAGCCUGGCCUUGGGCUGGGCAAAGCUCUGAGAGACCCCUAGGCAGCCAUUGACUGACUGACACUCGUUUGGAUUUUUAAACGUUUUCCCUAUCCCUGCUCUUGGAGAAGUCAAAUAUGAACAUGGUUUUCCAGGAA